AGGAUGACUAACGGGAAGCAAGAAUGAUAGACUGAGAGUAGCUGUUAAUAAAGGGAUCUCUGUCACGAACGAAUGGAAUUAGUUAUUUGGAGUCUGAGCUACUUUUGUCUCUGUUGUUGUCGCUUUUAAAGUCGCUGCGCGCACUCUGCAAAUACCAUGGCCAGCACAGAGGAGAGUGUGGUGGAGGCGACCCGGGUUCGAGGUCUGAUGAGGCGAUUCUACUCUCAUGACGACAGUCCCCUUUCACAGGAUGAGUUGGACAGCCUCAAGCAGAAUAGCGAGGAGCGCCCCUUCCUGGUGGUCCACCACUUGCAGGCAGCGAAGGAAGGAGGAGUUCCUCUGCUGCUGCAGGGGACAGCGGUGACCUGCCGGGUGGAGAGCACUGAGAGAUACACCACACGAUCCAAGGUGCGUGUGUGCACGCUUUACACAGUCCGGCUCACACAUGGUCAGUUCAGCUGGACGGUGAAGAGGAAGUAUAAGCACUUCCAGGAGCUGCAUCGUGACCUGUACAAGCACAAGAUGCUACUCCACUUCCUGCCCCUGGGGAGGUUUGCAAUUCAGAGGCAGCAGUUAAAUGCUAUGACGGAGGAGAUGCCGUCUCUUCAUAGUGGAGAUAGAGCCAGAAGGACAUCUAGCAAGCCGAAAUACCUGGAGGACUAUCUGAACGGCCUGCUGGAGAACACCUUCUGCAAGAACUACGAUGGCAUGCUGGAGUUUCUGGAUGUCAGUCCUCUCUCCUUCAUAAAGGAUUUGGGACCAAAAGGCCUGGAGGGCUUCAUCCUGAAGAGGUCAGGAGGACAUCGCAUCCAGGGCCUGAACUGCAUCGGUCACCACCUAUUCUGCUACCGCUGGUCACGCCGCUGGCUGGUGGUCAAGGACUCCUUCCUUCUCUACAUGAACAGAGAGGCGGGGGUCAUAUCCUUUGUGCUGCUUUUUGACCCCGAGCUCAAAGUCCAGGUGGGCCGAUGCCACACAGAUACCAAGCAUGGAGUAUGUAUCCAGAACUUCACCAGGACUCUGAUCAUUAAGUGCAGCAGCUACAAACAGGCUCAGUGGUGGAGUCAUGAGAUCCGCAGGCUGGCGGAGCGCUGCGACUUUCUGCAGACGCACCGUUUCCAGGGCUACGCCCCACCCCGAGAGGACACGCUCACCAAGUGGUAUGUGAAUGGAAGUGGCUACUUUGCAGACCUGGCUGAUGCUCUGGAGCAGGCCAAGGAGGAAAUCUUCAUCACGGACUGGUGGCUUAGCCCCGAGGUCUUCCUGAAGCGGCCGGCCACAGACACAUUCUGGCGCCUGGAUCAGAUCCUCAAGCGCAAGGCGGAACAGGGUGUGAAAGUGUGUGUGCUUCUGUACAAGGAGGUGGAGCUGGCAUUAGGCAUCAACAGUGGCUACAGCAAGAGGACACUGAUGAACAUGCAUCCCAAUAUCAAGGUGAUGAGGCAUCCUGACCAUGUCUCCUCCAUCGUCUUUCUCUGGGCCCACCAUGAGAAGAUGGUGGCCAUUGACCAGUCAGUGGCAUUCGUAGGUGGGAUUGACUUGGCCUUCGGGAGGUGGGAUGACAGCUACUACAGGCUCACUGAUCUGGCAAAUGCGGAAACAGCCAAUCAUAGCACAGAGGCAGAGGAAGGGGCUGGUGACACAGUUGACCGAGGUUCUGAUGGGUCACCAAGCCAACCUGCCACAGCAGAACCGGGACCAGUGAACACAGAAGACUUGACUGGCAACAGUCAGUUGUGGUUGGGAAAAGACUACAGCAAUUUCAUCAACAAGGACUGGGUCCAGCUUGACCGUCCUUUUGAAGACAACGUCGACCGGUCCCGGGUGCCCCGAAUGCCCUGGCGGGACCUGGCCGUAUCGCUUCAUGGGAAAGCUGCCAGGGACGUGGCCCGUCACUUCGUCCAGCGCUGGAACUUCACCAAGGUUUUCAAGAACAAGUACAAGGACAGCUUCUUCCCCUGUCUGCUGCCGAAGUCUCACACCACUGCAGAUUCACUGCCAUUCAUCGUGCCAGGGUCCAGGAAGGCCUCAGUGCAGGUUCUGCGCUCUGUGGAUCGCUGGUCGGCUGGGACCUGUGAAAGCUCCAUCCACAAUGCUUACGUCAACAUCAUCAAGAACAGCCAGCACUACAUCUACAUCGAGAAUCAGUUCUUCAUCAGCUGUGCGGAUGGUAGGAGUGUGCACAAUGGAAUCGGGGAUGCCAUUGUUCAGAGGAUCCUGCAAGCUCAUAGUGAGCAGAAGAAGUACCGUGUGUACGUAGUCGUGCCUCUGCUGCCAGGGUUCGAGGGUGACAUCAGCACCGGGGGUGGAAAUGCCAUCCAGGCCAUUCUACACUUCACCUACAGGACCAUGUGUCGAGGGGAGUUCUCCAUCCUGGCAAGACUAAAGGAACACAUGCAAGACCAGUGGACCCAGUACAUCUCCCUGUGUGGUCUGCGCACUCACUCCAAGCUCUCCCAGUCCCUGGUCACCGAGCUAAUCUACGUUCACAGCAAAACGAUUAUAGCUGAUGACCGCUGCUACAUCAUAGGGUCUGCGAACAUCAAUGACCGUAGCAUGCUGGGCAGCCGGGAUAGCGAGCUGGCAGUGUUGGUGGAGGACCAGGAGAGGGUGCCCUCCUGCAUGGGUGGGGAGGAGUACCAGGCCGGGCCAUUGACCUUGGCCCUGCGAAUGGAGUGUUUCAGAGUUCUCUUAGGGGUAGAGUCAGACUCCGGCAUUGACAUUCAAGAUCCCAUUAGUGACGAGUUUUUCCAGGAAGUGUGGAACAGGACCGCGCAAUCAAACGCCAACAUUUAUGACACGGUCUUCCGGUGCCUUCCCUCCAACACCAUCCGCAGCCUGCGGGCUCUGAGGGAGCUCACCUCCGCAGAGGGGCUGUGUGACGCGGACCCCGAGCAAGCCAGGAAGGAGCUGGAGGCUGUCAGGGGGCUGCUGGUGCACUUUCCCCUUCACUUCCUGUGCGAGGAGUAUCUGCUCCCCCCAAUCAGCAGCAAAGAGAGAAUGGUUCCCAUGGAAGUCUGGACCUAAC